UGUGCAGAAAGGAGGUCUAGAGAACUUUAAGAUAAACACUCUACCCAAAGAAGUAUUCGGGUCCGUUUCGAAAAUUUCGAACAUGCAAUACUUGAUGAUGCGCUCGUACUCCUUACCUCUUAUACCUCCCUUCCAAUUUGGGGCCACGAUGAGGAAGUUAAGUUUCAGUCCGGACUUAAUGCGUCAAGCUGAUGGUAUACUUGAGAAAUCUCGCGACUGGGCGAAUUACAUCAGCGUUGUUGAGAAAGAAAUCCCAGUUGCGCGUCUACGGGAAGGAGAAAGUGACCUGUGGCCUGGUGCGUUUAUGGCUGCUAAGAGGCUUCAGGAGCAAACUUGCACCGUUGAAGGUGUCCAUGACCGUGCAAGAAGAGCCCGCUAUCGAAAGGUGGAGGAGUUCAGCGAUGCCGAAGACGAGGCAACGCCACACGCGGCACUUUUAGUCCUUCUUCAAGAAAUAACGCACAUGGUGGAGGGUACCGGUCUCGAAUGGGUUCUUAACAAGACACAUUUUGUCGCUGAUUUUGAAAAUGGGCGACAAUAUAACGCCUAUUGCGAUGGUGCACUGAGAAGAACCAGUGACCUAUCAUCGAAGCUAAGUAAGGGAAUGCGAGCCAGAAAGAGCCGGACUAUCAUCACCCAAGAAGCCUGUGAGAUUGUUAUGAAGCACCCACAGUCCAGCAUCUUCAAAGAUCACUUUCUUCUUUCCUCGCAAGACCGUCAUCAGAUCUUUCUCACCUUUGCGAGGUUCCGCCAAAAGCUAUUUGAGUACUACAAGGAUGGAGCUUACACUAAUGAGUUUCUGUCCCUGAAGACAUUUGGGCCUUGGGACACCGAAAAUCCCCUCCGUCUCGUCCAUCUGGCAAAGGUCAUCACCUCCGCAAUUAUGAUUGCAAAGGCGGCCCUUCAUGUCUGAAUUCUGUUUCUCAUCCAACUAUCCUCCGUCUAUUAUGUUGAAUCUCAAGUCACAAAGGUGUCCCAGGGUCCAAUCCAUCUAUCUAUUCACCUUGGUCAAACAGCAAGCCGGCAACGAUGCCUGUCCGGAUAAAGCCUAGUCGAAUCAAUCUACCAGUUUGCCUCUGUUCAUCUUUGUCGACUGUCGGCACACGUCAUGCACUGACAGGUCCAGCUUAAAAUCUUAGAUUAGGCAUAAAGUACUUUUCGAAAUAAUUGGAAGCAAUAAG